AUGGGAAGAACGGAAGAUAACGGAUGGAAUGCCGCCUCCCAUGAAGAAAUGGGAUCCAAGAAAAAAAGAAUUCGCCAAAGAACGUUGUCGAUAAAUGGAGAAAUAACAGGAGGACGAGCUGACGGAGAUAACGAAUAG